AUGGUGAUGAGGGAUUCUCUAAGUGUAAGAAAGUGCUUGCAUUGUGGGCUCAAUGUUCACAACUCCAGCGGUAUUGCCACUGGCAAAUGUGUCAAGCUUUUUGGUGUGUGUUUGCGAAACAACGGGGAUGAUCAUGAUCAGGAUGCUAUGAAGAAUCGCGUUAGCAUGGAAAAUCCAUGCUACGAAAAGGUCGAGAGCAAAGAUGGCGAAGAAGAUGAUGCUAAGGAUCUCGCUAAUGGCAUUAAUCAACGGAGACGAUGGACUGAAGAAGAGCAUAAACUAUUUCUAAUUGGGUUGAAGAAGCUUGGAAGAGGUGAUUGGAAAGGAGUUUCAAGCAAUUUUGUAAUCACUAGGUCCCCGGCUCAAGUUGCUAGUCAUGCUCAGAAACAUUUUAUGCGACAACUUGUAAUUAAUAAGAAGAAACAUAAACAAAGUGUGUUCGACCUAUCUUUGAAUGAAGCUGAACUAGCUCCAAAUGAUUCCCCAAUUUCACAUACAGAGAAAAGUGAUACUGAAAAGGCAGUAAAGGCUACUACAGCAUAUCAGCAUAAUGAGAAUCGAUUUCCACACAUCGCCAUGGGUAUUCCACCACUUGCUCAAAUGCCGCCCCCAGUAUUUGGUGAUCCAAGUUGUUGUAGGAUUCCUUCCACGGUGAAUUCUGCCAAUCAAAGUUAUUCAUCCCGGUUACCUGGAAGAACCUUGCUGAAUUAUGGUACUUGUGCUCCUGAUCUUAUUGAACCAUCCAAAUAUCCAAUAUUCCAUCACCACAGGCGUUCCUCGCACACAGUGAUCAUUCUCGAUUAG